AUGCGAUCAGUGUGGAUAUAUGUGGCACUUGUGGGUCCCUUUUUUAUUUAUUCAACAGAGUUCCACUUCCAAAAGUUAUAUGCAAAUAAGCUUCCAUUUUGCAGAAAUAAACCCGCACUAGAAUUGUUUCACAAAAUGGUACUAGCCUUGCUCGAAGAACACGAAUCUAGUCGCAGUACAGAAAACAUCCAAGAGCGUAGUUCAGAUUUAAAUACCACCGGAUUGCUGGGAAGACAUCGCUCCCAGUGCCCCACUUAUCCAUCUGCUCAUGGAAUUUACACCAUUCAGGUGUUGCGACUGGAACCCUUUCAGGUGUCCUGCGAUGCCGAGAUUGCCGGUUCCGGAUGGACUGUGAUAGCCCGGCGCACCAGCAACCAGUUGAACUUCUUCCGCAGCUGGGAGGAGUACAAAACUGGCUUCGGGCAGCUCGAUGGUGAUUUUUUCAUUGGCUUGGACAAACUGCACGCCAUUACUAAGUCACAGCCCCACGAGUUGUACAUUCACCUGGAGGACUUUGAGGGACAGACACGAUAUGCGCAUUACGAUGAAUUCUUUGUCGAAAGCGAAAACAAGUUCUAUGCAAUGACCAAACUGGGCGAGUUCACCGGCGACGCAGGGGAUUCCAUGAUGCACAACCGCAACCAGAACUUUUCCACCUUCGAUAGGGACAAUGAUGCGUGGCACAAAAACUGCGCCGAGGAGUAUUUCGGUCCUUGGUGGCAUGUGAACUGCACAUACAGUAAUCUUUUCGGCGUCUAUGUGAAUGGAGAUGAUGCCCAGUACUUUCAGUGGAAGGGGAUCGUCUGGCACUCUUGGCGCACUGAGCGCUAUUCCUACAAAGUGAUGCAAAUGAUGAUUCGACCCAAGUGCCAUUGUUCAGGAUAG